AUGGCUCCGUUCCCCGCACCUUCCCGCAGGCAGUUCCCGGCGUCCUGGCCAGAGGCGGCCGUGGUCAGUCAGUCAGUCAGGAGGCCGAGGGACCUCUGCCGGCGGGGCCCCCAGCACCCCGACCACCCCAGGGUCCUCCUCCUUCUUCCCGCCCUCCGCUGGGCCCGGCGCAGCCUUCAAGCCGGAGGCGUGGGGCGGGGCGUCCUAGCAGCCGUCGCGCGCGCGACCGCCCCCAGCGCCCCGCCCUGCCCGCCCCCGCUCACUCUCACCGUCCGCCCCGGCGCGUACGCCCCCGGUGCUGCUGCGGCGGCGGGCUUGGGAGGGGGUCGAGGGAGCCGGAGCUUGGGGUGGGCUUCGGGAGCGCAGGGAACGGCGGCAGCCGGGAGGUCGCAGCGUGAGAAGGCCGCCGGCCCCCGAGAAAUCCCCCUCCUCCAGAUGAAGUAUUCGGGGUUCAGAGAAGUUACUUCAACAUACAGCACUUCCAAAUGCUGGAGAGAGUUCAAUUUUAAGGUUGGAAGGAACCCUAUAGAUCAUUUAGUUCAUCUCCCUCGUUUUACACAUGAGGAAAAUGAGGCACGGAAAGGGUGGUUUUGUCCUGUUGGAUCAAUUAUCUAACCUGGGCCUGGACUCCGUCUACCACUGUGCUGCCUGGUUCACUGCAGCUCACUUCAUCUUCCUGUGCCUUCUCUGAAAGGCCCCCUCCAAAAGUUUCCAGGGUAUGUCCCCUCAAGGUACAUACCAUGUCUACAUUCCCACCUGUAGUAUUCUGAUUGAGCCACCUCAAAACUCACUGGUAAUGCUGGACACAUUCUGUGCCCAUCUUCCCAGACCUCCCUCCCCAAAUCCGGCCACAGUUGCAUGACUACCUGGUAUAACUGUCGUAGUCUUUAAAGGGUGAUUUCCCCAAUUAAACUUAUUGUUGACUCCUUAU